GUGAGGGAGAUCCUGACGGCCCUGGGCCUGCUUGAGUGUGCGAAAACUCGAACGUCACAUCUUUCAGGGGAGAGGAAAAGGCUGGCCAUCGCCCUGGAGCUUGUCAACAACCCUCCCAUCAUGUUCUUUGAUGAGCCCACCAGUGGCCUGGACAGUUCCUCCUGUUUCCAGGUGUUGUCUCUGCUGAAGGCCCUGGCCUAUGGUGGCCGCACCGUUAUCUGCACCAUCCACCAGCCCAGCGCCAAGCUCUUUGAGCUCUUCAACAAGCUGUAUGUCCUUAGCCAGGGCCACUGUAUCUACAGAGGGAAAGUGCCUAACCUGGUACCUUACCUUAGAGAGCUGGGGCUCUACUGCCCAACAUACCACAAUCCUGCAGACUUUGUGAUGGAGGUGGCGUCUGGGGAGUACGGUGAUCAGACGGCUCUUUUGGUGAAGGCCGUGCAGGAGGGGAAAUGUGAGCAGGUCAACAAGACAGACAUGAACGAUGGACCCCUCAACCCCUUCCUGUGGCACAAAUCUUCUGAGGAGGAUUCCCCUUCCAGUUUCUCAGCCAGUUGUCUGACUCAGUUCUGCAUCCUAUUCAAAAGGACAUUUCAAUGCAUCAUUAGAGAUACAGUGCUGACUCACCUAAGAAUCACCUCUCACAUUGGGAUUGGGAUUCUGAUUGGCCUGCUCUAUCUGGGCAUCGGCAACGAUGCCAAGAAAGUGCUCAGCAACUCCGGCUUCCUCUUCUUCUCCAUGCUCUUCCUCAUGUUUGCUGCUCUAAUGCCUACUGUUCUGACGUUCCCUUUGGAGAUGGCAGUGUUCCUAAGAGAGCACUUGAACUACUGGUACAGUCUGAAGGCUUACUAUCUGGCCAAGACUAUGGCAGACCUCCCCUUCCAGAUAGUGUUCCCAGUCGCUUACUGCAGCAUCGUCUACUGGAUGACGUCCCAGCCGCCUGACGCUGUACGUUUCAUCCUUUUCUUGGCCCUGGGAGUCCUCACCUCUCUUGUGGCUCAGUCUCUGGGCCUGCUGAUAGGAGCAGCUUCCACCUCGCUACAGGUUGCCACGUUUGUAGGUCCGGUGACUGCCAUACCCGUGCUGCUUUUCUCUGGCUUCUUUGUCAGUUUUGACACAAUUCCGUGGUAUCUUCAGUGGAUGUCAUACAUUUCAUAUGUCAGGUAUGGCUUUGAAGGUGUCAUCCUCUCCAUCUACGGGCUGGACCGGAAGGACCUCCACUGUGACAAGGAUGAAACAUGCCACUUCCAGAAGUCGGAGGCCAUCUUGAAAGAGCUUGAUGUGGAAGAUGCCAGACUGUACCUUGACUUCAUAGUGCUUGGCAUGUUCUUUGUGACCCUCCGUCUCCUCGCGUACUUUGUGCUGCGCUAUAAGAUCAGUGCAGAGAGGUAA